AUGUCUGGUAGUGCUUCUACCAGCCAAGACGCAGAGAGCAGCGUCGCACCGCCUACGAAACAUCAGUAUACCUCACUCGCAUCGUUACUCAGGAAAUCUCCCAAACCCGACACCACAUCUCAGGAUGAACAGCAACUACCUGGUAGACGUACUGGUAAUGCCGGUUGGGGUUUAACGGUGGAAGAUAUAAACAGGGAAAGAAGGGGUAGUAACGCUUCUAGAUCAAGGUCUCGAACCCGGAUCAAGAAGAAAGAUGACGAUAAAAGUAAUAAAGGUAGAUUGAGUACUUGGAAAAUGAUGGCUUUGACCAUCUCUAUGGGAGGUAGUCAGAUCGCUUGGACGGUAGAACUAGGUUACGGAACACCCUAUCUCCUCUCUUUGGGACUUUCCGAACAGCUCACCUCACUAGUAUGGCUAGCAGGACCCAUAUCAGGUUUGAUUGCUCAACCACUCAUUGGAGCUAUAUCAGAUUCGUCCAAUUCGAAAUACCGAAGAAGAUAUUGGAUAGUCACUGCUACCAUCUUACUGGUACUCAGUGGACUAGGUCUCGCUUUUACCGAACCAGUAGCUAAAGCUAUAGUAGACUUAUUUGGAGGUGGUCAAGGUGAUUGGGAUCCAAAAAGUGUCAAGCUCGUCAAAAACACUGCGAUCGCAAUCGCUGUCUUCUCGUUCUACUGUCUUGACUUUGCUCUGAAUGCCUUACAAGCUUCCUUACGGAAUUUAGUACUAGAUGUUACACCUGGUGAACAGCUAGCUUCGGCAAAUGCAUGGCAUGGGAGGUUCAAUCAUGUUGGUAAUAUAGUUGGUUUCACUAUGGGCUUCUUGAAUCUCGCCAACGUGCCCGUUAUCAGGCUAGUGGGAGGUGGUCAGUUCCGAAAAGUAUGCAUCGUCGCCCUCAUUCUACUUACAAUCACCGUAUGGAUCACCUGCUGGACAACCGAAGAGACCGAGAAAGAAAGUAUCUUCGGUGAAAGAAGAUCGCGGAUCCGAGAUGUGAUCGGUACAAUAUACGAAGCGAUCUUACAUCUUCCUAAACCCGUGAGAAGAGUGUGUAUAGUCCAAAUUGCGGCUUUCAUGGGAUGGUUCCCUUAUCUCUUCUACUCCACCACUUAUGUAGCCGAAGUUAUGACUCAUGAGAUUGGUCAUGAACCGGAUGUGGACACCGCCACCAGAGCGGGCAGUUUGGCUCUGUUGAUAUACUCUUUCGUCGCCAUCAUCGCUGGUACACUCCUUCCAUAUCUCGCUGCACGAGACAGACGACUUCUCAAACCAGUAUCAGAGAAGAUCAGAGAUGGAGAAUUACAAGCCGAUGAUUCAGAGGAUGAAGAUGAUAUUGAAAUGGAACGGAUCAGGGAGAUGGUCAGAGAAUGGAAAGCCGAUGCUGCAAGACAAGGUAGACCACUGAAGCUUCCUACUAUGCCUUUCAUGCUCCGUAAUAUCUGGACAGCGGGAUUACUGUUAUUUGGUAUUCUUAUGGGAUCGACAUUCUUCAUUAAGAAGGUCUGGCAAGCUACUGUUAUGAUUGCGUUGGUCGGAAUUUGCUGGGCUAUCGCUUGUUGGGUUCCCUUUGCCAUCAUCAUGGAGUUCCUCAAAGAAAUGUCCGAUUCUCCCCCUCCUGCCGCAUCACGAUCUGGCCGAAGUGCCGUCCCAACGUCUGCAGGUCCUGCACCGGGGUAUCGACCCAUACAUUCUCGAGCAGCGUCAACACCCGUUGGACCAUGGAGAUCUGUACCUACCUCACCAUCAAGACGAGAGAGAGAUCCAGAUGAACGAACGCCUCUGACCAGAAGUUACUCCACUGCGGACAUUGAAAACGCAGGUGAAAGCAUGGAAUAUACCGGUUCGGGUCCCGUUGCAGGAGGAACUAUAAUGGGAAUUCAUAAUUUGGCUAUUGUCUUUCCUCAAUUUAUCAUCGCUGUGGUCGCUUCGGUGAUAUUCAAAUUGGCAGAUCAAGAACCCGAUAUCAUACCUUCUUCUGGUGGUGCAGAAGGUGGAGGAGGAAAGAAUGGUGUAGCUUGGGUAUUGAGAUUUGGUGGAUUGAUGGCUUUGGUCGGAGCACUUAUUAGUCGUAAGGUCCCACCGACAAAGACUGAAAAAGCUAUGAGAAGGAGAUUGGCAGAGAUGAGAGAGGAAAGUGCAGAAUAG